AUGAAGAAAUACGGCCAACAGUUGGGUGAAGAGGGGAUUCACACCUCAAACACAGAGACAGUCAGUCGUACACAAAGAGGGAGAGAAAGAAAGAGAGGCCACGGAGAGGGAGAGUCGGCACUGAUAUUGAAACCUAUUUACCUGGAAAUUGAAUUUCGGGCACAAACUGCUCGAAAGAGAGGCAAUAACUACUCUAUAACUUUCACAACUCGUAGAAAUGGCAAGGCCAGCGCCUCACCUGCCAAAGGAGGCUAA